AGGAAGGAGGGAGGGAGGGAGGGAUGCGGCUGAGUGACAGCGCCAGCAUCCCCGGGCACGCGUGUCCGUGCGCGCGUGUCCCCGGCUGCCACCAAACUCGGGGUUCCCCACCGGGGUGGCGGCCACCGGCUGCUCUUGCAGUGCGCGGAACUGGGGGGACACAACAGGGGUGACUCCCCCCGCAGUGGCUCCCCCAGCUCAGCGCUGCCCCCCCAGCUCCCUGCCCUGCCCGCUGUGGCCGCAGCACACCGGGCACCCAACCACGCCGCCGCGGGCACCCGUCCGUCCCAGGCACCCAUCUCUCCCAUGCCAGGCGUCCAUCUGCGCCGUCCCUGGCACGGUGCCCUCGGGAACAAUGAGUGCAGCCAGCUCCUUCCCCGCCCCGGGGGGGCUCGCACAGCUGCCCGUGCAGAACCGGGGGUGCAGCUCCCCCGGGACGUGCUGGGGCCCCUCCUGCCGCAGCCCCGGGCAGGGUGUGGAGGGCUGGCACUGCCCACUGUUUGCCUUGGCACCCCCAGCGCUGCCGGACAAACGCCGGGGAAGAGCCCUCGGAGGUUUUAUGUCCCCUCCCUGGCUCUUCUGCGGCCUCAGCAAACGGCACGAGUGGCACUCGGCAGCUUGAGUGGCCCCAGGCCUCCCCGGCCACACGGGAUCCUAUAAAUGUCGCCGGGCCCGGGCUGGCAAAGGGACAGGAGCACACGGAGAGAUGGAGGACAGCUCUAAAGAGGCGCUGAUGGAGGAGGCACCUCCGAGGUAUACGGAGUCCCCGCGCCUGCCCUGCAUCCCCCACGAGCUCAAGAGCCUCCUGCUGAUGGUGGCGCUGGUGGUGGUGGCCCUCGUGGUGGUCAACGUCACCUUCCUCCUGCUGGGGCUGCAUCUCAGCGAGUCGCACGCCGAGACGGUGUUGCGAAUGAGCAUCCACGGGCUGGAUGGCCAGGGGACGGCCCAGGAGCUCGCCAUGAGCAAGAAGGAAAGGAGCGGCACGUUCGCCGUGCGAGAUGGGCUCAACGGCUCGGCCGCGGUGGUGUACGACUACAGCAAGCUGCUGGUCGGCUACAGGUCCUGGCGCCACCGAGCCUGCUACAUCACCCGCGUGGACAAGGACAACUUCCCGGGGCUGGACGCUGUCACCGAGACCUUCCAGCGCCGGCAGGAUGAGGACGUUGGGGACAAGGCCGUGCCCCUGGCUGACCGCUCCAUCCUGGGCACCACCAUCAACAUCCUCUGCAGCGCCGUCCCCGUGUUCUGGGCGUACAGUGUCCCCCCAGUUUGGAGGAUGAAGGAGCAGCCUCUGCACUUCCAGCCCUCCAGGAAAAGCUCCCAACCCUGUCCCCUCCUCGUGCAGGGGGGGCUGGAGGGGUUCCAGUUGCAGGAGGGGCUCGUGGAUGGGCAAAACCAAGGCCCAGCAGUGUCCCCCUGCCACCUGAGGGGGACAUGCCAGAGCUGCGACCCCCUAAGCCCAAAAAAAGUCCACGCUGUGGGCACCUCUGCCAGCCCCAAAAGCCACCAGCAGUGGUGUCCGAGGAGCAGGAAUGAGGGUCAGGGACACUCCCCGCGCCACGGUGACCCCGUUCCCACCCUGUCCCCAUGGAUUACAGGAAAUCUUUCAUGUCCUGUUUGUUUUCCUUGCCACAUCAAGCAGCUCCAGGUGCCCAAGCUGGCGAAGGGACACGAGCCAGCUCUCACCCUGGGCACAGCCACAGCCGGAUGCUCCACCCUGGAGGGUUUGCUUUGGCCGUGCCACCUUGCUCCUGGGCAGCAGAGAAGUCCCCGUGCCUGGGGACAAGGGUCCUUGACCCAGUGCCCUCGGAGCCUCUUGAGCUGCUGGUUCCCAGGGGGAUCCAGCUGGGAGUGGGUGCUCAGCAAACACCAGUGGAGUGGGUCACAUGCCAGGGCCUGGCUGCACCCCGGGGCCACCAAACCCUUCAAGGGGUCCCCACCCCAGUGCCCCAGUAUAAAGUUCCCAGUCCCUGCAGUCAGACUGGGCUGGGAAUGGGAGGAGGAGGAGGAGGAGGAGGCAGCAGCCAUGGAGAGCAGCAUGAAGCAGGUGGUGCUUGAAGAGGAGGACUCGGGGAACGGCUGCUGCUGCCCAGGCUGCUGCGUGCCCUGCGCCACGUGCUGCGCCAAAUGCUGCACCAAAUGCAGCUGGUGCUGCGCCAAAUGCUGCUGCCUGCCCAAGUGCUGCGAGUGCCCCAAGUGUCCCAAGUGUCCCAGUUGUCCCAAGUGUCCCGGCUGCGCCAGCUGCUCCGGCUGCCUCAAGAAGUCGCUGUGCUUCGUCCCUCGGCUGCUCUGCUACCUGCCUCGCAAGCUGCUGAGCUGCGGCCGCCUGCGCUGCCUGCUGAUCGUGGUGGUGGUGCUGGUCCUGCUGGUGCUCAUCAUCGCCGGCGCCCUGCUGAUGUGGCUGAGCGUGGAGCAGCGCCGCGCCGACACCGUCCUGCGGGGCGGUUUGUGGGCAGCACCGGCCUGGGAAGAGGACGCGGCCACUUUCUACCUGGACAGCGGGGACGGGAACCCGGCCACGGUCAUCUAUGACUACAAGAAUCUGCUGGUGAGCUACAGAGCCCGGCUGCACCGCGCCUGCUACGUGACCCGCGUGGACAAGGACAACAUCCCGGGGCUGGACACCGUGGUCGAGACCUUCCAGCGCCGGCAGAAUGUCCCUUGCACCCCUGCCCAGGCUGAGGACGAGAUCUCCGUGCCCCUGGCUGACCGCUCCCUCCUGGGCACCACGGCGGGCAUCCUGUGCAGCCUCCUCCCUGUUUACUGGGCUUAGCCCCGCGGGGUGAGCCCGCAGGGUGGGCAGGGGGGCUGCGGGACCCCCGCCCACCCGACAGCACCCCCACAGCGCCAGCUUUGCCUCGCAGCGCCUCCGACCCGCACUGCCCCGCUGGGAGCAUCGGCGGCUCCUCCGCGGCCGUCCCCGCGCCCCCCACCCAAAUUUUGGGGUGCGAGGGGGUGAGGAGGGGUCAGGGGGUCGGAGCUGGGGGGGCUGCGGGCGCGGGGCCGGGGGCGGGGGGGGUGUCUGCGCUGUGCCGGGGGACAGCUGGUUUGUCACUUAAGUCUUCUCAGCUUCGCCAAACCCAAGUGCAAAAAAUGAGCUUAAAAAAACAUGACAUUUAAAGAAAACACAA